UGCAUCAUGACUCACACCAACUUUACCAUCUUUCACCCUGCAGUUUUUGUCCUACUGGGCAUCCCUGGAUGGGAGGCUUACCACAUUUGGCUGUCAAUACCCCUCUGCCUCAUGUAUAUCACUGCCAUCGUAGGGAACAGCAUCCUGAUAGUGGUCAUCAUCACAGAACGUAAUCUUCAUGAGCCCAUGUACUUCUUUCUCUCCAUGCUGGCCAUCACAGACAUCCUGCUGUCCACCACUACCGUACCCAAGGCUCUAGCCAUCUUUUGGCUCCAUGCCCAUGACAUUGCCUUUGAUGCCUGUGUCACCCAAGUUUUCUUUGUCCAUGUGAUGUUUGUGGGGGAGUCAGCCAUCCUGUUAGCCAUGGCCUUUGACCGCUUUGUGGCCAUCUGUGUCCCCCUGCAUUAUACAGCCGUGCUAACAUGGCGUGUUGUGGGAAGGAUUGGUCUGGCCAUUGUCACCAGAAGCUUCUGCAUCAUCUUCCCAGUGAUCUUCUUAUUGAAGCGGCUGCCCUUCUGCCGGACCAACAUUGUCCCCCAUUCCUAUUGUGAGCAUAUUGGAGUGGCCCGCUUGGCCUGCGCUGACAUCACCAUUAACAUCUGGUAUGGCUUCUCAGUGCCCAUUGUCAUGGUCAUCGUGGAUGUGAUCCUAAUUGCUGUGUCUUACUCACUGAUCCUCCGAGCCGUGUUUCGUUUGCCCUCCCAGGAUGCCCGGCACAAGGCCCUUAGCACUUGUGGCUCCCACCUCUGUGUCAUCCUCAUGUUUUAUGUUCCAUCCUUCUUUACAUUAUUGACCCACCGCUUUGGACAUAACAUUCCUCGACAUGUCCAUAUUCUGCUGGCCAAUCUUUAUGUGGUGGUGCCACCAAUGCUCAAUCCCAUUGUCUAUGGUGUGAAGACUAAGCAGAUCCGGGAGGGUGUAGCCCACCGGUUCUUUGACAUCAGGACUUGGUGCUGUGCUUCCCCUCCGGGCUAA